AUGGUAUUCGACAGUUACGCACUGCUGAAGUCAAUGGUGACCCACCAUAAUCUACGUACGCAUAUACAUUUCACGACGUUGUGCAAAAGGGCGAAUUAUUGGAAGGCAGGAUGUUUGUAUCCCCAACAGUGUAAGUGGAUGAUUUCAGCCGGCCAGAUUUCCAACACGGAAAAGUGGAAAGUCAAAAAGUAUCAUGCGGAGCACACAUGUGGGGUUGAUUAUACGAAAGGGGGAGCGGACUACAACCUAACGAGCAGGGUCAUAGCCGAUUACAUUCUAUCUAAAAUUGAAGGGGAUCCCCAAUACAAGAUAAAAUAUAUUAUCAAUGAUGUUCAUGGACACUGGGGUGUGCGUGUUGGGUACAAUAAGGCGUGGUAUGUCAAGGUUCUUGCGUUGGAGAAUCUGUACGGGAAGUGGGAUGAGUCGUACAAUAUAAUGCCAAAACUUCUUCUGGCUAUACAACAAACGAACCCCGGAUCUGUUGUUGAUUUUGAAUUAGUGGCCACACCAACAACGCAUGAGUUUGCGUUCAAGUACGCAUUUUGGGCACUUAAGCCCGCUUUGGACGGGUUUAAAUAUUGCUUGCCCAUUCUUACCAUUGACGGUACGCAUCUUUACGGGAAGUACGGAGGCUAUCUAUUGCUAGCGGUUGGCUACAAUGCUAACAAAGAGAUCUAUCCGGUUGCGUACUCGGUAGUUGACGCUGAGACCGGGGAUAGUUGGACGUGGUUCCUGAAAUUGUUUGUAACACAUGUGUUUGGGGAUCGCGAACACAUAUGCAUUAUAUCUGACCGUCACCUCGGGAUUGACGCGGCAUUUCGCACCGUUGACGAAUUGCGCGAGCCAAGGGUACAACGACAAUACUGCCUCCGGCAUCUACGGUCCAAUGUAAUGACGAAAUUCAAAAACAAAGAAUUAAACAGUUUGGUUUGGCAAGCGGGGUGUGCACCUGAUGAGAGGGGUUUUAAUUCGACAAUGCGCACAAUUCGGACUGUUGAUGAGGCGGCAUACAAUUAUCUGAACGAGAUACCGCCGCGGUUUUAG